AUGGCUGACAGAGCUGCUGCUGAAAGGGCUUGUAAAGACCCCAACCCCAUCAUCGACGGCAGGAAAGCCAACGUGAACCUGGCGUACCUGGGUGCCAAGCCGCGGAUAAUGCAGCCAGGUUUUGCCUUUGGUGUCCAGCAGCUUCAUCCAGCUCUCAUACAGAGGCCUUUUGGGAUACCUGCUCACUAUGUCUAUCCACAGGCUUUUGUGCAGCCUGGAGUGGCAAUUCCCCACGUUCAGCCC